CACGAGAGACUGGUGAGUUGUUCGCUGCGGACUCAGAGUGGAGUCGGGGAGACAGCUAAUAAAUGUUUUGGACAAUCCAAAAGAGCUUAGAAAGAAGCAAAAGAAAAAAGCGGCCACGGCAUAAAAAUAAGAUGGCGUUGGACCAUUCCAUCCCUUCCCGGGAUGUCGAAGAAGAGAGAGGAGGAGAGCGGCUCUUCUCUCGCAUUCGUGUCCCAACCCCAAAAUGAUGAGCAGCGAGCACACUAUCGCUACAACGCAGUGAGUGCGCGAGAGGAGGAGGGAAAGCUGCCACCACACAACAAGCCAACUUACUUCGUCCCCACGCUUCCUUCCCCCCGUAUCCUUCAUUGCACUCUGCUGCUGCUGCGCUCCUCUAUUGGUUCCCACCAUUUCAAAGCUUCUUCGUGCCCUUCCCCACCACCACCUGAAAUAAUAUGCUACUACUCCCCAUUCCAUUUUAUCUUCCGUAACCCCAAGAGAGAGAGAGAGAGAGAGGGAGGGUGGUCGUGGUCUUUGUUGUGCUGCUGUGAAUCUCUGGUUGACAAUGCAGUCACCUGAAGUGAGGGUGGAGGCCGUACUCCUUGUGGUCUUCUUUGUGGUAUUCGUCCCGGCGUCGGCGAUACUGCACCCAGUGGACUAUUUGGUGCUGCAGUCCAUCCGCAAGUCGCUGGCCGACCUCCCAGGCUCCGCCUUCUUCGCCAGCUGGGACUUCACCGCCGAUCCCUGCGCCUUCGCUGGCGUGGUCUGCUCCGGCGACCGCGUCGUCGCCCUCUCCCUCGGCGACCCCCGCGCGGGUUCCCCGGGCCUCUCCGGUAGCCUCCCCUCCUCCCUCGCUCGCCUCUCCGCGCUCGAGGAGCUGUCCCUCGUCCCCGGCCUCGUUGCCGGCUCCCUCCCUGCCGCUUUUCCCCCGGGCCUCCGCUUCCUCGCCCUCGCCAGUAACCGCAUCUCCGGCCCGCUGCCGCACUCCCUCGCGGCCCUCCGCGGCCUCCGGACCCUCGACCUCAGCAACAAUCUCCUAUCCGGCAACAUCCCCACCGCCCUCCUCCGCCUACCGGAGCUCCGGACCGUCAUCCUCGCCCACAACCGCCUCGCUGGCCCCGUCCCCGCCUCCGUCGCCGCCCCUCUCCUCCGCCUCGACCUCAGGAGUAACGCCCUCACCGGCUCCGUUCCGUCCCUGCCCCCUUCCCUCAUCUACCUCUCCCUCGCCUCCAAUCGGCUCUCCGGCCACGUCGAUCGAGUUCUCCCUCGGCUCAACCGGCUCAGCUUCCUCGACCUAAGCGCGAACAGGCUCUCCGGUCCCAUCCCGGGAAUCCUCUUCACCUUCCCCAUCUCGUGGCUGCAGGUGCAGAGAAACCAGUUCUCCGGUCCCCUCAGGCUGGGCGGCCCGCUCCCGGUGUCGGGGGCGACGGUCGACCUCAGCUACAACCGGUUCACCGGCAAAGUGCCGGCGGAACUGGCGCCAGCAGGGCGGCUGUACCUGGACUUCAACCGGUUCGAGGGGGAUGUGCCGGCGGCGAUCGUGGACCGGGUGGUGGCGGGGGGCAUGCGGGUGCUCUACCUGCACCACAACUACCUGACGGGAUUCCGGAUCGGGACGGCUGCGUCGGUGCCGGCGGGCACCUCGCUGUGCCUGCAGUACAACUGCUUGGUGCCGCCGGUCGACGCGCCGUGCCCACGCAAUGCCGGGCCAAGGACGGCGCGGCCACCGCAGCAGUGUGCCGGCGGCGGCAAGAAGGGCUGACGGAAGAAGACAGAUAUGCCGAAGAGCAGCGAAUUUUUUUCUCUUUCAAACAAAAUGGUAGAUUUUUACCUUUCUUCACUGCAAAUACAACAAAAACAAAAAAAAAUUAAGUGUA